GCAAAGGGUGGUGUCUUCUUCAUAUCAAUGUCUGGGUUGUUGAGUGAUGCUGAGAGGACCCCUGAUUUUCUACUGUCCUCCAAGCGCCUUAGCGAUUUCCUUGCAUUUCAAUCCAGACCCAAAAAGAAACGUGCCCAGAAGAGCCAUGCAUUCACUGUUAGAUCCAUAACGAUAGCCGAGGAGAGAUACCGAGGCCAGCUCAACUCGCCUAAUGGCCUUGCGGGGAGCCCUGACAAGUACUCUCUUUAUGAUGAUCAGUCCAUUGAAUAUUACUCUAUGGGUCAGGCAAGGGCAACUCCGAACAGUCGAAGAAAAACGAAGAUAGUUUGUACAAUUGGUCCCUCCACAAGCACACGUGAGAUGAUAUGGAAACUGGCAGAAACUGGAAUGAAUGUGGCACAUUUAAAUAUGUCUCAUGGGGACCAUUCAUCACACCAGAAAACCAUUGAUCUUGUUAAAGAGUACAACUCUCAGUUUGAUGACAAGGUCGUCGCCAUAAUGCUGGACACCAAGGGGCCUGAGUUUCGAAGUGGAGAUUUACCUCAACCUAUAAUGCUUGAAGAAGGACAAGAAUUUAAUUUUACAAUUAAAAGAGGAGUCAGCACAGAAAACACUGUAGCGUGAAUUAUGAUGCCUUUGUGAAUGAUGUGGAGGU